CAGUGCUACUACAGAUAAGUGUCAAGUAAGGAAGGCUGAAACGGAAGAGGCAAAUUUUGUAGGAAUCAAAACUCCGUUGAAAUAACAUCAGUCAUGAAAGGGUUUAAUACGGGAAUACGGCAGUUAUUGGCAGCAACAAUAUUCCUGUCCGUGGUCACGGACGUGUGCAAAGGUCACGGGCGUCUGUAUGAGCCCCCAUCCCGGGCCUCUGCCUGGAGGUUCGGAUUCAACACUCCGAAGGACUACAAUGACAACGAAGGAUUCUGCGGAGGAUUCGGCCAUCAAUACCAAACCCAAGGAGGAAAAUGCGGAAUCUGCGGAGACGCCUGGGAUCAGUCUCCUCGCGCCCAUGAAGUGGGCGGUCUUUACGCCACAGGCCUCAUCGUGAGGCACUACCGAGAGGGACAGGUCCUCAACAUCACGGUCCUCAUCACGGCCAACCAUCUAGGACACUUCGAAAUUAGGAUAUGUCCUGACCCGGAAAUUGAAGCUACGCAGGAUUGCUUGGAUAAGCAUCGCCUCAGUCUAGCUGACGGAUCCGGUGAAGACUUCAAUAUCUCCUCCGAAACAGGUCUUUACACAAUGUUGGUCCAGCUCCCAUCUGGACUCACCUGUGAGCAUUGUGUUUUGCAGUGGCGGUACGUGACCGGCAACAACUGGGGAAAGUGUUCCGAUGGCACGUAUGGCGUAGGCUGUGGCCCUCAAGAGGAAUUCCGCGCAUGCGCUGAUGUCAGUGUGGCUCCAAAAUCUAGUAUGAGAUCCUUCGACCUUCCUGAUGAGGCUCAGUACUCAACUGCAGCCAAUGAAGAUGGAGAGGUCCUUGGGCGUCCCCGGCAGCGCCUUCCCGGGAAUCUGCGAUGCAAAGGCACCGGUGCUUGGGGCGGCCUCUCGGGUGCAAGCAAAUGGUGCAUGAUCAAUUGCAAUUUGCAUCCAAGUCUCUGUCCGACGUCGCUCUGCAUUUGCUCUUAUUAGGAACGUCAGGGCGUCUGUUAAUUAAGUUAUCCUCGAUGUCGCAUAGCUGGC